AGUGCUUCAUUUAAAACAGAUGUUUUAGGUUAAUUUUUUUGCAUUUCUUUCUGCCAUGUGAUUGGUUAGCUCCCUCUGCGAGCAAUACAUAAGUCCACACUCCCAUCAAAAAAAGCUGCAGUGAAUUUGCCCCCAAGGGACAUCAGCUUCAGGUCCUUGUUGAUUUACUGGAAAAAGUUGAAAGUAAUUAGUUUUUUUUAAGGCUUAGAAAUGAUCAUUAUAUUGCUACUGUCAUGUAUCACCUUACUGGUGUCUGCUGUACCGGUUGCCCCAAACGCCCGUCCUCACAUGCUGCCACAAGGAGGCGCCACUCAAAGAGUUCAUCCUGUUCAGACCACAAACCAUCAGCCUGAGGCUCAGACACCGGCUCCUCUUGCUCCCAUCCAAGAACAAACUCAAUCUGGGAUUCCCCAGCAGCCAGACCCCCAGGCCGUCCUCCAGCCCAGCCCCUCGCUGCCUCAGCACACCUGGUAUCCACAAGGGGGCAGCACCCCAAUCAGCCCCCUGCCUCAGAAUGUGUCCCCAUUUCUGCCUGCCAACCACCUCACACUAGGACAGCUGCCUCUGCAGAUGUUUCCACCCUAUGGUUUCUAUCCAUUAUUUGCUCCUCCCUAUGGCAAUCAGUUGUUCUCUCCUUAUGGUUUUCCAUCGAUUCGCGAGCCACCUUUCCCUCAAGCUCCAACUCAGCAGCUACAGAACAGUCCGGCGGCGCCUGCAGAAAAUGUAGUUGGAGCCGCCGUUCCUGCAGCAGCUGCACCUCAGCAGACGCAGCAACAGAACCCCCAGAUUGUAUACAUGCUGCAGCAACCUAUGAACCCUGCACUUGGAGGUCUUAGCUCAGAGGAACUUGAGACUCAGGCUAAGCUGAACCAGAUGAGCUUGUACAGUGUGCUCACAAACCUGCCUGCAGGUGUUGGACCUGUGCAGCCCGAUAACCAAGCCGCCGGACUCACAAACCCUGAACAGCAAGGUGCCUCGCUACAUGUGGGAGGUUCAGCAGCAGCAGCAGCAGCAGCGGGAGUUCGCUCAUCAUUACAGGGCCCCGCUUGCUCUGGAUCCCUGCUGAACUCCAACAGCGGCCCCGCAGGUGUGAGGAGUGCGGCGCCUGAGGCCAACGCCGUCCAGACACAGAAUCAAGCCAAGGGUCUGCCCUCACACCGAAACUUAGUCCGCAGCAAAGCCAACUGACAGAAAACGAGAAAGUACUCCAUGUUAUAUGUGUCUCAGGAAUGAAGUGCCUAAGUUAUGUCCAUUUGUUGUUUUUCCCUUUCAAAGAGUAGAAUGAAAUAAAAAGAAGUGCAAGACAAACCAAACCUGCACGUUAUUAUUAUUUUUAUUCUAAUGAGCUGUAGUCUUUUAUUUACAUUCUUAAAUCUGGAUGAUGUUUCGUAUUCGAGAGCAGUGUGACCAUGUCGAAUCCACACCCAUCCAGUGCUAAACCAGAGAUCCAAAUGGAGCAGACAUCAAUUAACAAGAGCUUCCGUUCGGAAAAAUGUGUUUGCUUAUCUACCUCGGAGCAUGCAGUCACUAAUGAGUCUUCAGGGACUGUCUGUCACUUUAGCAGCUAAUUGCCUGGUCUGUGUUCAACAACCAGCUGCUUUUGUGGAUUGUUCCCUCAUCAGGUCACACAAAACCCAAAACAGAAAUUAAAUUCAAUACUGCAAAAAGGUGAUUUAAAAAAAAAAUAAGAAAUGAAGUAAAACUGCAUUUGAGCAGCAAAUAUAAAAAUUCAUCUCACUCGACUGAUGCAAUCAUAAAGAAGUUUUCGGGGACAUUUUAUCAUAAUAUCAAAACCAAUCAACGGGGCGAAAAUUUGAGUAAUAAACAAACAAAAAAGAAGAGGCAGAAAACAAAUUCAAAAAUUAAAGGGCAAAGAGUUCAACUGUAAAAAAAAUGGAGUUAUUCACACGGAGCACACAACUGCUGCAAACAGAUGCACUAUCAAUUGCCUCAUCAAACAUUUGGUUUUUUGAUAGUCAUCUGUGGUUUUUUUUUGGCAAGUUUUCUGUCUCUGUGUGUGCAGAUGUUUCAAUCACUCUUCUGAGUUUGGAUGUCUGUGGUGGCUCCGUAUCUGUUCUAUCUCGAUCUAAGAAUUACAUCACAGCGUUCCUUGAAAUCCCAGAAGGAUAUGUAUGGUGGAUUGUUCUAAACUACAGAAGUUUUAAAGCUAAUUUAGUCAAAAAAAAA